UCGUCACGUGACCAGGCGUCAAAUAAAGACACAGGCUGUUCAAAGUUGCGUCAGUAACUUCCUACGAAGAGCUGCGAGGGCGCCUAAAAGAAAGGAUCAUGUCCCCGGCUCCAGCAGACGUGUCGGGCUACAAGCCACCUGAUGGAGGUUGGGGCUGGAUGGUGGUGUUGGGGGCCCACGUUUCCAUUGGGUUCGCUUACUCCACCCCGAAAGCCCUUUCCAUUUUCUUCAAAGACAUCCAACAGGACUUGGAGGCCAGCUACAGUGAGAUAGCGUGGAUUUCCUCCAUCAUGCUGGCUGCCAUGUAUGCAGGCGGACCGCUGAGCAGUAUGUUGGUCAAUCGUUAUGGAAGCCGGCCAAUAGUCAUAACGGGCGGACUGAUGUGUGGGGUUUCUAUGGCAACUGCUUCUUUUGGGAACUCCAUUGUUUAUCUCUACUUUUGCAUUGGCAUCAUUGGCGGUUGUGGUCUCUCCUUAAACCUGAAUGCAUCUCUCACCAUCAUCAGUAAAUAUUUCCUAUCCCGGCGUCCUUUAGCCAACGGGCUGGCCAUGGCUGGUAGUCCAGUUUUUCUCUGUUUCCUGGCCCCUCUCAACCAAUAUCUACUGGAACAUUUUGGCUGGAGGGGAAGUCUUCUUAUCCUUGGAGGUCUGAUGCUCAAUUGUUGUGUAGCCGGGGCUCUGAUGAGGCCUGUCAGUCCACUUUGUGAGCCACCGAAGAAAGUGGAAGCGACAAAUAACUCUAAGACUAACAGAGGCUGUAUGAAGAACGCAAAGAAGUUUUUUGAGACGUUCUUCAAGGAUAGGGGUUUUGUCAUCUACCUCAUAGGAAAUGUGAUGUUCAUCUUCGGUGCCUACGCCCCCAUUGUGUUCCUGUCAGCCUAUGCUAUUAACCAGGGCGUAGAUAGGUACUCGGCAGCCUAUCUGCUGUCUAUAAUGGGCUUUGUGGACAUGUUUGUUCGGCCUGGCACCGGCCUCAUAGCCAACAGCAAGUGGAUCAGGCCCAGAAUUCAGUACUUCUUCAGCUUUGCCAUGGUUUUCAACGGUGCCUGCCACUUACUGUGCCCUCUGGCAAACAGCUACACCUUCCUGGUGGUCUACGCAAUAUUUUUCGGCAUUGGGUUUGGCAUGGUUUUCGCCUUGAUAUUCGAGUGCCUCAUGGACCUGAUGGGAAGUCAGCGCUUCCCCAGUGCCGUUGGGCUGGUCACCAUCAUAGAGUGCUUCCCCAUGCUGCUGGGACCACCUGCUGCAGGGUUACUGGUGGACAUUUAUGACGACUACAAGUACCUCUUCUUGAUGUGCGGCUCCGUGAUCACGACCGGCGGGGUCUUUCUCUUCGUGAUGAACAUCUACAACUACCACAUGCUGGAAAGAGAAAAGAAAGCAAAAGACAGAGAGCAGGACCUAAAAGCCACAGAGAACCAGGACCAGGUGAGCAUCGUAGAGGCGGAGAUGGAACCAACCGAGAAGGAGGCGAUGAACGGACUCCAUAAGGCGGACGCACCAAAUUAAAUGUGAUUGCUCAAUUUAGCGCGGCUGUUAUGGGAACCCAUUCGUAGGAGUGUUUGCGGGCGUUAAUGCCGCUAACUCCUCUGCUGCUCGCGCACUCGUUUUUAAUUUAUUCAUUCAUUCAGUCCGUCAGCAAUCAUUUUGAUAUUUGAUUAACUGUCAAGUCGUUUAAACGGCAAACAAGACACAAGAGUCUGCAGCCGUGCAAGCAGUUUUUUCUGGCUGUGGAGCAGCAGUGAGCUGAUGGGCAAUGACGGCAUGCUGACAAUAACCAUUCUAAACAUGUAGCUCUUUAGCGUGCAUACGUUUGCUAAUUAGCGGUAUGCAGAGCUGAGGUAGAUGUUUACCUCCUUAAGUAUAUUAAAAUUGAAAUCCAAACCAAAAUUUUGACCUGAAGACAGAGCUUUAUGACCAAUUCACAAGCAAAACCAAAAAACGUUGGAACAUUUCAUCUAGUGUGGAUAUGAAUGAAAUGCCUGUACAUGUGUGAUUGUUACAGUUGGUAAAGGUCAGAGUCAUCGCAACAAAUUUUACUAACUGCUGAGAUGUUUACCCUUAAAAAAAAAAAAAAAAAAAAAAAAUGACGUGAAACUGCUGCUGUUGUUGCUGCACGAAAAGUCUGUGAAUCUUCAAAAUCUAUGGGUGUCAUCCUCUGGGGAAAAUGAACGUCCAAAGGAUAGUGUCGUGACUAUUAACCUGAGAGAUUUAAGAUUUUAGAUUCAGGACCAAAUAGUUUCAAGUCACCCUUUUUGUUAGCAGUCACUGUAAUAUGUGCAGAUGACAAACUGAACCAGGGUACCGUCAUGUACUGCUGAACAAUGGAUGUUGCUUUUCUAUGUUACAUCUUUGUCCGUGAUGUUUUACUGUGAUUGACCGUAAGUGUCUGUCUUUAGGUCUUUGAGCAAACUCUCAGACAAUCCUGAAAGCAGAGAUGGAUGAAUCUUCCAGAUCUUUAACUUGAAGUACUAUAAUGAAAAAAUACACAAUCACAAGUCCUACAUGUAAAAAAACAUACAUGUCGAAGUAAAAAAGUUAUUAUUUGUAUUGAGCUAUGAUUAUAACUGUUCUGACUGGUAAAUUAUUAUUAAUAGUUAAGUAUCGGUGUGCAACAGCAUGUUACUGCUAUAGCUGCUGCAGACGGAGCUAGUUUCAGCUACUUUAUUUACAGUUUAAUAAACAUUUUUUAUAAAAAAACAAAAAAAAAACGGUUGGAAACCACUGGUUUCAUCCUUGUCAAUGUGAGCUUGUUACAUCAUCCACUGUGUAAAAUUAACUAAGACUGUGAAAUACAUGUGAUGAAGAUGAAAGUACAAUAUUUCUCUAUGAAAUGUAGUGGAGUGAAGUGCCUGAGAUGUGCACUGCCCCAACAUGUGUAUUACACUCUCUCUCGGUCAAUAACACACACGUCUGCUUUUCUUUGUUGUGAUUCCUAACUAAGCGUAAGAAACAUUAAUUCAUGUUGUGGUUAUGUACAUAACCUCAGGGUGCGUUUUGCACUUUUUUCAGUGUUUACAUUUGAGUUUCUGCUGGUGCAGUCGUGUAUUUCAAGUGUAGCUAGAUGUGUUCUCCUCUCUUCAGUUAGCGUGAGUUACCUGACACUUGAUGAACAGAAAGUAACAAAACAUGUUACUAUAGUGUCAUACUGAUCUUUCUAUAAUCUACGGCCAAUAAUACUGUAUUUUUUUUUUCGUGUCAGUAUGUAUUAGAAAUUUUUUGAAACUCAAACUGUAUAAACUGAUUCCACAGUAACGAAUACAUUUCAUCUUGACAUUUAUAAUGGUGAGAAUGAACUUGUAAACGCCGUUAAUUGGUUUGAUGUGGUCUGUGUGUGUGUUGACGUGAGUUAGUGUCUUACGGUCUAAAAUCCAACUAUUAUCAGGUUCAUAGUCGAAGGUGAUGGCAGCUUCUUAGAUUCUUUGUUCCAGAAAAUGUAGAAUUUCCGUCGAACCUCUGACUUCUUACACAUUCUGUACCAUGUGAAUAAAAUUGACUUGUAUCACAACAAGA